GACAGCGCACGCGCGCGGAGAGGAAGAAGUUCCGGUCUGGCUGGGGCCCUGUCUCCUAAAAAUAGCCUCCGUGUUGGGAUUCAUCCGCUGAUGUCCCAGUGUUGCAUUUUAAGAAAGAGUAACCAACAAGAACUUGCUGCAAGGGCUGAACUGUCUAUACUUAAUUGCUUAUCUUUUUGCUGAGUUUUGUUUAUACAAAAGAUUCAACACAUCAAUUCUGAUCUUAAAAAAAUAGUUUCAGAAGCAGCCUUUGGACUGGAAGCUGAGACAGGAGAAGCUGUGUACCAUGCAUUAGGAUAUUGAAGAGAAAUAAUUCUAAAAUUAAAUAGUUAUUUGGAUUGUAAAGAAGAAAAGGAGAACGCAAAAAUGGGGCGGAAGAAAAUACAGAUUACUCGGAUUAUGGAUGAAAGGAACAGACAGGUGACUUUUACAAAGAGAAAAUUUGGCUUGAUGAAGAAAGCCUAUGAACUUAGUGUGCUUUGUGACUGUGAAAUAGCACUCAUCAUUUUUAACAGCUCUAACAAACUAUUUCAAUAUGCCAGCACUGACAUGGACAAAGUCCUCCUCAAGUAUACAGAAUAUAAUGAACCUCAUGAGAGCAGAACCAAUUCGGAUAUUGUUGAGACAUUAAGAAAGAAAGGCCUUAAUGGUUGUGAGAGCCCUGAUGCUGACGAUUACUUUGAGCACAGUCCACUCUCGGAGGACAGAUUCAGCAAACUAAAUGAAGAUAGUGAUUUUAUUUUCAAGCGAGGCCCUGCUCUGAACAAGAAGGAACACAGAGGGUGCGACAGCCCAGACCCUGAUACUUCAUAUGUGCUAACUCCACAUACAGAAGAAAAGUAUAAAAAAAUAAAUGAGGAAUUUGAUAAUAUGAUGCGGAAUCAUAAAAUCGCACCUGGUUUGCCACCUCAGAAUUUCUCAAUGUCAGUUACGGUACCAGUUACCAAUCACAAUGCUUUAACCUAUACUAAUCCAGGAAGUUCACUUGUAUCCCCAUCAUUGGCAGCCAGUUCAUCGUUAACAGACACAAGCAUGCUCUCUCCACCUCAGGCUACCAUGCAUAGAAAUGUAUCACCUGGAGCUCCUCAGAGACCACCAAGUACUGGCAACACAGGUGGAAUGUUGAGCACUGCAGACCUCACAGUGCCAAAUGGAUCUGGAAAUAGUCCAGUGGGGAAUGGCUUUGUAAACUCAAGAGCAUCUCCAAAUCUAUUAGUAUCUACUGGAGGGAGUAGUUUAGGCAAAGUAAUGCCUACAAAAUCUCCCCCUCCUCCUGGAGGUGGAAACCUUGGAAUGAACAAUCGAAAACCAGACCUUCGAGUAGUGAUCCCCCCUUCUAGCAAGGGUAUGAUGCCUCCGUUGAAUUCCCAAAGGAUAAGCAGUUCUCAAUCUACUCAACCUCUUGCUACCCCAGUGGUAUCUGUGACAACUCCAAGCUUGCCUCCACAGGGACUUGUGUAUUCAGCCAUGCCUACUGCUUACAACACUGAUUACUCACUUACUAGUGCAGACCUGUCAGCCCUGCAGGGAUUUAACUCCCCAGGAAUGCUGUCUUUAGGACAAGUAUCUGCCUGGCAACAGCACCAUUUAGGACAAGCAGCCCUCAGUUCUCUUGUUGCUGGAGGGCAGUUAUCUCAGGGUUCAAAUUUAUCCAUCAAUACCAACCAAAACAUCAACAUCAAGUCAGAACCAAUUUCACCUCCUAGGGAUAGGAUGACCCCUUCAGGCUUCUCUCAACAACAACAGCAGCAACAGCAGCAGCAGCAACAGCAACAGCAACAACAACAGGCUCGUCAGGAAAUGGGUCGAUCCCCUGUUGACAGUCUGAGUAGUUCCAGUAGUUCAUAUGAUGGUAGUGAUCGAGAAGAUCCCAGAAGCGACUUCCAUUCACCCAUUGGGCUUGGCAGACCCCCAAACACUGAAGACAGAGAAAGCCCUUCAGUAAAGCGAAUGAGGAUGGACACAUGGGUGACAUAAAGCUAUUGAUGUUGCUAUUUUUAUUUUAUGUUACUGCAAUGAACUGCCCUAUAUAUCUAAGUUUAUAAAUAAGGACGUGAGUUAAAUAUAUUUAUAUCUAUAUACAUA